GCCUGGAGGAGAUAGCAGGAUGGGGAGAGUGUGCCUGUGCUGAGGAUGGAGAAGAGAGUGUGUGUGAUCCAGACUGACUUUCACCAGUACCGACCGCUUGUUGGCAUCCAAAGCAAGCUUCUGACACACGAACAGGAGAGCCUGCAGCAGGCGGAGCAGCGGUGUGUGCAGCUGGCUCAGGCCAGGCGAGAGCUGGAGGUGCAGGUGGCUGGUCUGGAGGAGCGUCUGGAGGAGGAGGAGGGAGCCUCCGCCCAGCUGGUGUCUCAGCGCCAGAGACUGGAGGCCGAGUGCUGCGACCUGCGCCGUGACCUGGAGGAGCUGGAGAGCACACUGACCUCCGUAGAGAGAGACAAACAGUCCUCAGACUGUACUGUGAGAAAGCUCUCAGAGGAGCUCUCCCAGAAGGAUGUGCUGGUGCAGAAGUUUCAGAAAGAGAAGGAUCACUUGUUUGAGCUCAGCCAGCAAGCCAUUGAGGACUUACAGUGUGAGGAGGAGAAGGUGAACCUCCUGACCAAAGAGAAAGCCAAGCUGCAGGUGCACGUGGAGGAGUUGGAGUACCAGCUGGAACAGGAGAGAAAGCAGCGCAGUGAGCUGGAGAGGAACAGGAGGAGGCUGGAGGGAGACAGUAAGAACACCAUGGAGAACCUAACCGAGUUGGGCAAGAUGAGGGCCAGCCUGGAGGAGCUCAUCAAGAAGAAAGAUGCGGAGAUUAGUGCCACCAGCAGCCGGCUGGAGGCUGAGGAAACAUUGAGUGCAGGUCUGCAGAAGAAGAAUAAAGAGUUGCAGGUCCGCAUUGAGGAACUGGAAGAAGAACUAGAAGCAGAGAGAGCCAUGAGGGCAAAGGUGGAGAAGCAGCGGGCUGACCUGACCCGAGAACUGGACGAUCUGACAGACCGGCUGGAAGAGGCAGGAGGUGCUACAGCCUCUCAGAUGGAGAUGAAUAAGAAACGUGAGGCAGAGCUGCAGAGGCUGAGGCGGGACCUGGAGGAGUCCUCCGUCCAGGCUGAAACGAUGGCGGCGGCUUUGCGGAAGCGUCACGGUGACACCCUGGCUGAACUAAGUGAGCAGUGUGAGGGUCUGCAGAGGACUCGGGCCAAACUGGAGAAGGAGAAGCAGAACCUGAGGCUGGAGGUGGACGACCUGGCAGCCUCUCUGGAAACUCUUCAAAAGGCAAAGGCAUCCACUGAUGCACAGCUGAAGAAACUGGAGGAUUUGCUGUCUGAGGCCAACUCCAGGAAUGAAGAUGUGCAGAAAGCCCUUACUGAGGUGACUGGGGCAAAGAACAGACUGACAGCUGAAAAUAAUGAACUGAGUAGGCAGCUGGAAGAUACAGAGAACAAGUACAGCCAGAUGAGCCGCUCUAAAACUCUGCUGCUGACCCAACAUGAGGAGCUGAAGAAGCAGUUUGAUGAGGAGGUCAAGGUUAAAGCAGCGCUGAGCAGCAGUUUGAUGGCAGUGAGACAGGAGUGUGAAGUGUUGAAGGAGCAGCUAGAGGAGGAGCAGGAGAGCAAACUGGAGCUGCAGCGCCUCGUCUCCAAACUCAACAGUGAUGUCACACACUGGAGGAGCCGCCACGAAGCUGACACCAUCCAACACAGCGACGAACUGGAGGAGGCCAAGAAGAAGCUGUUGGCUCGGCUGCAGGAGGCUGAAGAGUCAGUGGAGGCCACGCAGGCCAAGUGCUCCAGCCUAGAGAAAACCAAGCAGAGACUUCAGGAGGAAGUGGAGGAGCUCUGUGUGGAUCUGGAGAAGGCCAACAAUGCAGCAGCGGUGCUGGACAAGAAACAGCGCAUGCUGGACAAACAGCUGGGAGACUGGAGGCAGAAGUGUGAAGAGCUUGUGACUGAGGUGGAGAGCUGUCAGAAAGAGAGCAGGCAACAUGCUACUGAGCUUUUCAAACUCAAAACAGCCUAUGAAGAGGCUGUGGAGCAGAGUGACGCUUUACGCAGGGAGAACAAGGCCUUCCAGGAGGAAAUUGCUGAUCUUACUGACCAGCUUUCGGAUGGGGGCAAGAGUGUCCAUGAGCUCCAGAAAAUGAAAAAGAAGAUUGAGAUGGAAAAAGAAGAACUGCAGGCUUCAUUGGAGGAGUCUGAGGCAGCGCUAGAGGGUGAGGAGACCAAGGUGCUGCGGCUGCAGGUGGAGCUCUCUCAGGCGAAAGCAGACAUGGAGCGAAGGCUGCAAGAGAAGGAGGAGGAGCUGGACGCGGCCAGAAAGAGCCACCAGAGGGCGAUAGAGUCACUGCAGGCCAGCCUGGAUGUGGAGGUGAAGGGCCGAACAGAGGCGGCCCGCCUGAAGAAAAAGAUGGAAAGUGAUAUAAAUGAUCUGGAGUUACAGGUGGACCUGCUCAACAAGAACAACGCAGAGCUGAUGAAGACUGUCAAGAAGAUGCAACAGCAGAUUAAGGACCUGCAGGUGCGGUUGGAGGAGGAGACGCGUGUGCAGGAGGAACUGAGAGAGGAGCACGCUCUGUUGGAGCGACGCUGCACUUUGCUGGUCACUGAGGGAGAGGAAAGUCGUGCUGGACUGGAGGCAGCAGAGAGGGCACGCAAGGCCCUGGAGACUGAGCUCCAAGAGACCACAGAGAAAUACAAUGAUAUCAACAACCAGUUACAGUCAGUCUCCAGUGGCAAGCGAAAAUUGGAAGUGGACCUUCAGCAGCUGACCCAGGAGCAUGAGGAACUGCAAAAUGAACUGCGGGGGGUCAAUGACAAGAUCAAGAAAGCUGUAUGUGAGACUACACGAGUGGCUGAGGAGCUGAGGGUGGAGCAGGAGCAUACCAUGCAUCUGGAGCGGGUGAAGAAAGGCCUGGAGGCACAGCUCAAGGACAUGACCGUCAGACUGGAUGAGGCUGAACAGCUGGCUAUGAAAGGAGGCAAAAAGAUCAUCCAGAAGCUGGAAGGAAAGGUGAAGGAGUUAGAGCUGGAUUUGGAAACGGAGCAGAAGAAAUAUGCUGAGACAGUGAAGACCCUGCGGAAGAAUGAGCGGCGCCUCAAGGAACUACUCUUCCAGUCUGAGGAGGACCAGAAGAACCAGCAGAGGAUGCAGGAGUUGGUGGAAAGGCUGCAGAUCAAAAUGAAAACAUACAAGAGACAAGUGGAGGAGGCGGAGGAGCAGGCCAAUAUGAACCUGGCCAAGUACAGGAAGACUGUCCAUGAGCUGGAUGACGCAGAGGAGCGAGCUGACAUAGCCGAGUCUGCUCUCACCAAGAUCAGGACCAAGAACAGAGGCAGUUUUGGCAAAGGCUACUCUUCAGGUUAUAGCACUCCAUAUCCAGGAGUGGUAAGGUCACCCAGCUCUGUUGGGUCAGAAGGCAGGGGUGAGAAGAUCCUCACUGAUGAUGAUGAAUCUGUCAGUUCUCUCAUUCCCACCUAUCUCAACUCCCUCAAGAAACUGAUGAUUGACUAGAGCAUUUUGUCCCAACAGCACCUGCCUUACAACAGAAAUUGGGACCUCUGGAAAGAAUACAGACCUCUGAUUUAUGAUUUCCAAAAUUCCAAAUGAUAAAAUCGUGUAAACUUUGGUCAACACAAGCAUCUAUAUUCAGUAUUACUCUCUGUUUACUUCACUGUUGCAUUUGUUUGAAAGAGUGCACAGUCUGUGACUAACUGUACAGUGACAACCUUUGUUGUUGACUUUCUUCUCAAGCACUUUGGAUUUGAAAAGACUGUGAGGUUAAAGUGCAGAACGUAUUUACUUCUGUAUUUGGUGAACCUCAUAGGAGUCACAGCACAAUUUGAUUGUAUUGCUGUUGUUAAAUUCUAUCAGUAGGGUAUAAACAGAAUAAAUCAAUCAGAGAUAUGUAGAGUUUAAAAAUAAAUAAUUAUGACUACUAUAUAAAGUAUGUAAUGUAGGCUGGGGAAAUGUCUAAAAAUAAUUAGCACAAUAUUUUCUAGUUAAGAAAAUUCCCUCCUACACUCCCUCCUGAAGCAGUACACAUGUUAUGCUGUAGUUUAGACCAUUUUUCCAUUAAAAAGUUUUUGUUCAUAUGCUUUUUCAGAAACAUGAAUCGUUUUAAUGCAAUUCUGAUCAUAUAUUAGCUAAUAUAAAUACUGAGUAACCCAACAUGUCAUUUUUAUAGUUGUUACUUUGAACAUGUGCUUUCAUGAGCUCCUUCUGGUGAGGGUUCAUGGCUACUAUGGCAGAAACUUGCAACACAUACCGUAAAUCACUGAUUUCCAAAGCCAUGUCCGUAUGCUUCAGGUUAAAACUGUUUUCCAUUGUUAUAGCAGAAUCACUAUGGAAUUUAGCUGUAGAUGCCUUUGGAAAAGCGCCUAGCAUUUUAUUUAUAAUGAUUUUCAUAGUUUAACUCAUUUGACCCACUGAGACACUUAAGCUGUACAGAAAAUGCUGCAAACUUUUCUGAGACGGUAUGCCAUGAGGGGGAGGUGAUAUAAUUGGUAAACGUUAUUUUUCCUUGCCUACUGAUGCACAGUGACAUAAUCGAAACUCAGAGGAUGUUUUAGAAGUGAGCAAAAGUCAUUACGUUUUGCUGGAACAUUGCAGAAAAGAAUUUUGUCUUUCAUAAUAUUUAUAAUGAAUCAUUCUUAACUUAAGCAUAGACAUGAACAAGGUCAGUUUUCAUUUCAAGUUCACUCUAAGAUUAUAUCAUCCAGUUUUGUGUUGUUUCCUGGAAUGCACGUUUAUUUAUAAGAUGCCUAUAUGAUCCACACAGUACAGCUGUACAUACCCUCAAAUUAACUGCCCUACAUCAUGACAUGGUUUAAUUUUAAACCCAGUGUGUACAGAGCCAAAGUCACAAAAGUUAUGUCACUGUUCAGUUACUUGCAGCCUGCACUGUUUUUUUCUCUUUGCCAAAACUUUAACAGAAAUGGUCAAUAAUGUUCUUUUUCAACUUCCACCAUAGUUAUAAAUAUACAGGAUUAAUGUUUGAUUUGUCUCUAAAGGGCUUUUAAUAAUAAAACACACCAAAUGAAUAUUUAAAGAUAUUAAAACUUAUACUAUUUAAAGUUUUUGAGCAUUUGUCUACUUACAUUCCAAUUUUGCAAGUUUUCCACUAAGAACAAACAUUACAGAAUGCCCCAUUCCUGCAAUGUCUGGAAAUCAAGCAAUUAAAAUGCUGAAUUAUUAGAAAAGUAUCAACAUAUGUAUUUACUGUACUCUGAGUUUUUAACAAUAAAAAUGUGAAAAUGAAA